UGUCCUCUUGCGUGCGGCCGCAGGACUGCGAUUGGGGCAGCGACACACGAAUCGAAACAAAUGCUGGGGCCUCGGCUCCUCGCACUCCUGGCUGUCGCAUCGGCCGAACCAAAGGAGCAGUGGAAUGGCCCGGCCGGCGCCCCAAAGUGCGUAGAUAAAUGGCAGAAAUGGACCGACGGCUUCGCCGCCGGCGAGCGGGCCAUCACCAUGUUCUCGCAGUCGUACGUCUGCGACGGCAACGAUUGUGACGUCGUCGGCGCUUACUCGCCGAAGUACUCGUUCGCCUGCGCCACCAAAGGCCCCGACGGCCAGGGGUCCACGCUCGCGCUCGACCCCGUCGCGCAAUACACGAUGAUAGGCGCAACCAGCGAAUUUCAUUCUCAGAAACCGUGCAAGUUUCUCGAGGAGCAAGUCGGGCCUCCGCCUGGGCCGCUACAACCGGUGGACCUUCGCAACUCUACCAACUCUACCAACUCCACCCACGAAGAUAGGCGCCUCACGGACUGCGCCGAGCCCUCGAACGAGUCGUGCGAGUACCCGGACCCGCCGGCGGGGCUCACGACGCUGCCCCACACCGGACAGAGCCUUAACCACUGGCCCGGGUUGCUGAUGGACAUGGGAAACGUAAACCAUGUCGAUCCGCACCUCAACCACGAGAGCUGGGCCGCCGGGGAAUCGUUUAGGCACUCGCUCCCCUACGGCGUCGAAGGUACGGUCUGCGACGAUUCCGAGUACAACAACGGCGAGGUCACGUAUGAACGAGCCUUUUACGACGGUGGCGUCCUGAUUGAGAAGACGAGGGGCCCGGCCACGACGCGGUCGUAUAUCUUCAAGAGCGAUGCCGACCGCGAGCUUGCCAAGCAGGACGGCCGGAACGAGGGCCUCCAGUACGCCAAAACCUUCACGGGCGAGAACGGGUGUGAUACGGAGGUUGUGUGGGAGAUCGAGCCGAAGGCCGGUGGAGGCAUCGACCUGGAGCUCACCGUCCCCAUCGACGCGACGACCUGCGAGACGGAGGCGGGUCUACGAAACGCCAUACACGUCUGGUAUACGGGCGAGGAGGUCGUGGUCGUCGUGAAGCGCCGGGCGCUCAAGGAGGCGUCGUUCCUGUCGACGUGCGACUCCGACGGAUACAAGGAACUCCUGCGCUUCGCCUCGACGUUCGUGUGCAAAGCCACCGGCGAGAGCGUGGCGGCCUCCGUGAAGUUCUACGACGACGUGUACCGGGAGUACGCGCUCGACGAAUUGAGUACGGACGCCGCGAACCCGACGCCGUACUUUACCGGCGUGGGCGUCAAUUAUCUAGGAGCCGGCGGGCGGUGUGUCGAGGGCGGGAUUUCGUACCGACCGCACGGCUCCGUUUUCAGCAUCACAGCGAACGCCUCAGACGCACCGGAGUCAUGUGGUUCCUUCUACUGGGACCCACUCCUGCAGGCGGUACCGGGCGACGGGUUCGCGUGGGAACUCGCGACGGCGGACAGCAGUCACGGCACGGCCGUGGACAGCGCAACAGCGACGACGCAAUCAUUCGUCGCGCCGCUCGCUAUCGCUCUGGCGAUUGUAGCGCUCCUCCGGCGCGAAUAAUAUGUACAUGUAUUGCUAGC